CAGGGCAAAGGUACUGGAUCCGGUCACAGAACUUUGCUUUAUGGAAAUGCGAUACUCUUACGGCAUCACAAUAGUGAUAUGUAUUUGGCCUGCCUGUCUACCUCUUCUUCGAACGACAAAUUGUCUUUCGACGUGGGAUUGCAAGAACACAGCCAAGGUGAAGCUUGCUGGUGGACAGUGCAUCCAGCAAGUAAACAAAGAUCUGAAGGUGAGAAAGUGCGAGUAGGCGAUGAUUUGAUUUUAGUCUCGGUGGCCACAGAACGGUAUUUGCACACAACCAAGGAAAACGAACAGUCCAUUGUAAAUGCCAGUUUUCACGUAACGCAUUGGUCAGUACAGCCUUAUGGUACCGGUAUUUCGCGUGUGAAAUAUGUCGGAUAUGUUUUUGGCGGCGAUGUCUUGCGCUUUUUUCACGGCGGGGAUGAAUGUUUAACUAUACCGAGUACAUGGGGCCGUGAAGCAGGACAAAAUUUCGUCACAGUCGUCCGGGAAAGAGAUAAAACAUUCGACAAGGAGCAGCAUAGUUGCCAACUUGGGCUGUGCGAGAAAAACCCCUAA